AUGACUCAAGGUGAAAAAAGUGGUACUUCAGUUGCAAUUAUCGGUGCAGGUGCUGCUGGGUUAACUGGCCUUUUUGAGUUGCUUCAUACCAAGAAGGGUGGAUCUACCAGUUUGAAGUACAACAGUGAUGGUUCCCUCGAUGAGCAAACCUCGAUCAAUGACGAUCCAGCAUUUGGCGAUAUUGUGGUGUUUGAACAGUCGGAGAAGGUUGGUGGUGUUUGGAAUCCCAGUUUUGAUGAAACUGAUGUCAUUCCCCAGGAGCUUUUUGAUACAGAAAGAUAUGAUGAUCCAACCGUCUUGCGUCCAAAGACAAAGAUUCCUGAUGGAUUUUCGAAUCAACCCUACGCAGAACCCUUGAAGAUUCCAAUUUCAGAAUCUGUAGAAGCUCCGAUCAAAUGGAAUCGUAGUGGUAUAUACAAGAGUUUGUUUUCUAAUGUUGCAAGGAGAUACUUAAGGAACAGUUUUAUUCCAUUGAACCCCAACGAAGAAGGAAAGUCAUCCAGUAAAAAAAACAGACCUAUUGAUCCGUUUAUUACUAAUUUCGAAGUGACAGAUCAACUAUUAAAGUUUGUUGAAAAAUAUUCCCUCCUACAAUACGUCAGAACCAAUUCUGAAGUGGUUGAUGUUAAAAAAUCCACCGAUGGUCUUGACCAAUGGAUAGUUACUGUUAGAGAAACUGACACCAAAACGGGCAUUGACAAGUGGUACUCACAAAGAUUUGACAAGGUUGUCGUUAGUAAUGGUCAUUAUUCUAUUCCUCACAUUCCAAGAAUUGAAGGUCUAUCAAAAUGGAACAAGCGUGCUCCCGGUUCCAUUUCACAUUCGAAAGCUUUCAGAGAUGAGUCUAUUUUUAAGAAUAAGAGGGUUGUGUUUAUUGGUACUGGGCUCAGUGGUAUUGACAUUCUACAGUACGCUUUCCCACUAGCUAAAGAAGUAAUCGUGGCUAGAACUCCCGGGAAGAAAGAAAUAUUCGAAUGGCUAGGUAGGGCAGCAUGCAGUGAAGGUAUCGUUGUGAAGCCAAGAAUUUCUUCUGUUGAUUACGAAAACGGCAAGACAGUAAAGUUCGUAGAUGGUACAGAGAUUCAAGAUGUUGAUUUAUUAGUAUUCUCAACUGGUUAUCACUGGCGCUACCCAUUCUUGAACGAAGAUGAUACUGGAAUUUCCAUAAUAAAUGAAGAUGGAAGCAAGAAAAUUGCAACACAUACUUCUUUAGUAGAUGGAUUAUUCAAGAGUACUUUCUCGAAUAAAGAUCCCUCCCUGGCAUUUAUUGGUGUCCUGAUGACACAAUUCAAGUGGCCCUCUUUUGAAUUCGAAGCAGCAAUUAUAGCUGCGGUAUGGUCUGGUUACGCAAAACUUCCUCCCUUGGAAAAGAGACUCGAAGAACACAAGAAGAGACUGGCAGAGACUGGCACAAAUCUCGGUUACCAUUUCUUCCCAGAUCAUGAGUUUGUUCGCUACGUAGAUGACGCGAAAUAUUUACUGCCUGCAAACAGAAGGUCUGAGGAUAUAUUUGAUCCUACCUACAUUGACGAGCAAUUAGAGUCUGUCAAGGUGGCCGAGAAGCUUUUCCAUGAGCUAAAAGAAAAUACUAUCAGUGUCCACGAAACAGAGUGA